AGUGCAGUCAGCAGUGGCCUUCACCACAUUCAAUCAAUUCGCUUUCAGGCAUUCCACUGGGUUCCUUGUCGUGAGGUCUGUCGCUAUCGUCACUGCAAACUACCACGUCUUGUUUUGUUUCCUCGACCUCAUUUUCCAAAUCUACACCUAUACUUUCCAUCACGACGGGACCUCGACGGAUCUCAACCAUCAGGGCCGGGACCUGACUAGGACAGGAAUCUGACAUCGAUAUUGCGAACCACAUUCAUCCACCUGAGAAUUGGUACCCAUUACACUACCUGAAGCGCGGCGCCAUUCGCCAUAGUAAACUCGAUCUAGUGUAGCUUCCAACUCCCGACCUUCGCGCCUUGUCACCACAUCCCGGCAACUUUACAAAGAACCUCGACCUCUUCCUGUAUCACUCGACAAACCGACUCUUCCUACUAGACAGCCCGCAUUUCACAUCAACAUGGAUCGAGGACAGCCAAGCGGGCUUGGCCCCCGCCAUGACGCGACUUCACGAGUUCAGAAACCCGAGUCCGCCGCCGAUCGCAUGGCCGCACUCAAGGCUCGUGUCGCCGCAGCAGUCGGAGGCUCCAAAGCAAAGGGCGGCUUGAACACACCACUGCAUCCUGCCCUCGCAGACCUCGGCGCGCCCAUCAAACCCGGAGAUUCCCUCGCGGCCGCCGCAGCAGGUCGUCGAGCCGCCCAGAAAGUUGCAGAAUCAUUCAACAGAAAGGAGCACCGAACACCUUCGGCAACAACAACAGGCCAGCCCCGAGCCAAUCCUUACCUAGACACCAGCAGCCAUGGACCACAAGGCAAGCCCAAAGAGCCACGACAGCUCAUCUUCAACCAGAAGGGCAAGUACAUUGCCCAGGCGAAUGCGCUACGGAGACAAGCCGCCUUGGAGGAAAUGAAGAGGAGGAUUGCGGAGCAGGCCAGGAAAGCAGGACUGGACGAAGACCGAGACAUCGAGAAGGCCUUUGUCGUAGAGGCGCCCCCGGAUGUGGAAUGGUGGGAUCAGGGCCUCAUUGACGGCAAUGACUACAGCAACAUUCCCGACUCGAUAAAAGUCAACACUCCCGACAGCGUUGUCACCAUUUACAUUCAGCACCCAGUCGCCAUCGAGCCACCACAGGACAAGCUCGCCGCUGAGCCGAAACCCAUGUACCUUACGCCCAAGGAGCAACAGAAACUGCGUCGCCAACGCCGCAUGAUGGAGCUUAAGGAGAAGCAAGCCAAGAUCCGUCUCGGUCUGGAGCCGGCCCCGCCACCCAAGGUCAAGAAGUCGAACCUGAUGCGCGUGCUGGGCGAGGAAGCUGUCAAGGACCCGACGGCCGUCGAGGCGCGCGUCAACCGUGAGAUCCAGGAGCGCUUCGACAAGCACAUGCAAUCCAACGAGGAGCGCAAGCUCACAAAGGAGCAACGGCACGAAAAGCUCGCUCAAAACCAGCAAAAGGACGUACAAAAGGGCGUCCAUACGCUCGUCUUCAAGAUUGGUAGUCUAGCCAAUGGCAAGCACCGCUUCAAGAUUGGACAAAAUGCCCAACAGCACGCGCUCACGGGCACGUGUAUCAUGCACCCCAAGUUUUGCCUCGUGAUUGUAGAGGGCGGCGAGCACAGCGUCAACGCGUACAAGAAGCUAAUGAUGCGUCGCAUCGACUGGACCGAGAGCGUGCCCUCGCUUGAUAAGGAACCUAGCGCGUCCGGUGCGGCGGUGAGGGAGUGGCUGAAAGCGGAGGAUGAGCAAGGCAUGUUGAAGGACUUGUCGAAUAACAAGUGCCAACUCAUAUUUGAGGGCGAGUCCAAGACACAGUCAUUCAAGAAGUGGAGCAGCAAAGUGUGUGAGACGGACCAGGAGGCCAGAGAAUUUCUGUCUCAGAUGAAGAUGGAGAACUUUUGGACACAGGCGAAGAACACGCCGAGCCAUGUAUAACUGCGAUGUUGAAAAGGAUACAGUCUGCUUUUUUGCCAGUCGGAUGAUGGUCCGAUUUUGUUGGACGAAAAGAGAGAGGGCAUCAUACUUAGCUCCGCUAGACUAUGAAUAAAACAAAUAACACGAGUAACUUGAGAGUCUUGAACACG